UAGACAAGCACGUGUGGCGACUGCGAUUGUUUUAUUUUUUUUGGAUAAGCAAGGAAACAGGCCCUGUGAUGCGGGAGAACACGCCUCCACAUCGCCCAGACUUCGACGACGGAGAUGACGAGUUGCUGGAAGAGAUCGAGCUUGACGGAGAGCAGCCACUUGACGAGGAUGACAAUGAAAUGGAAGAAGUGACUUUGGAGCAAUUGGAGGCUCGCUUAGGAAUUCAUGACGACGACGAGGAGGUUGACGAGGAGGAGCUACGUGACCGGGAAAGAAUAGCCGCUAUUAAAGAUGAGGCUCAGUUCACCUUUCGCUACCACAAAGCUCCUGUAUUCGCCUGCAGCCUGCAUCCAACGCACAAUUGGGCAGUAACUGGGAGCGAGGAUGACCGUGCCUAUGUGUGGGACGUUAGCACCGGCGAGCUGCUUUACGAGAUUAAGGACCACAAAGACACCGUAACUGAAGCUCACUUUAGUCACGAUGGCGCGUACCUGGCCACUGGUGACCUAUCGGGCGAGCUGUUCGUAUUUAAAGUUAGCGAGCAGCGCGAUGAACGACCCAUUUUGACCAAAGUCUGGGAAUACUCAAUGAGCGAUAUGUCCUGGCUCUUCUGGCAUCGUGGUGCACAUGUCCUUAUAGCCGGCAGUGAUAGUGGUGAGGUUUUUGUGUGGCGCAUUCCAAGCGGUGAUUGCAAGAUCCUCGCCGGCCAGGGUUCUCGUUGCGAAUCUGGAGAGCUUAGUGGCGACGGAAAAAAGCUGUUCGCCGUCUACCUGAAUGGUUCGGUGAAGCUGUGGGAUCUUAAGUCAUGCCAGGUGCUGAUAGAGGUCAACGAGGCGCAUCCAAUGGGAUUUGGAGAGAUUACGCACGCAGUAGUAGCCUGUGAACGGGAGUCCCCAUUUUACAUCUGUGCCGAGGGCUCGGGUAAAAUUCUAUUCUGUACGAAUAAUGGGCCUGUGAGUACGGUUCAAUCGGAACACGGCAUUGAAUGCAUAGCCUUUGCUCCAUCUUCGGCGGAACUCAAACUGUUUGCAUGCGGGUCGCUGGACGGUCAAAUAUCCGUUUGGGAUUACACCAAGUAUACUUUGCGAACGAUAUGCGAGAGCCCAGUGCCCAACGAUGGCGUCCUGAGAAUUAAAUGGCUGAAUGAUAACACAAUUCUGGCGGCCACGUCCCAGGGCAAUCUUAACGCCUUUGACGCACGAACGGGUGCGCUUAAAUUCACGCUUACAGGACACUACUACCACAUUUACGAGUUUGCUCACAAGCCUCAGGAUAAUCUGCUACUGAGUGUGUCCGAGGACAACACGGCCAAAGUUUUUAAAGUGCCUGUGUUGGGCGAUUAAAUUAAGUACAAAAUUGUCAAGUGUGUUGUCUAUGUAAAUAAGAAAUACAUUUUAAAAUGUAAGAAAUGCA